UUUAACCAAGCUGGGAAGGAUGUGUGGGCCCUGCAGCUGCUCACGCAGAUCCCUCCGUGUUUAGGGAGGACAGUACGUGAGCGGAUUUUCCUUCUCCAUUCAAGCCACCACUCCACAAAAUGGGCCUGAACUCUUCCAAAGCGCACCCCAAGGUGACCAAGGUGGAACCAAUGCGCACUGGGGAGGACCUGCCAGUUCUCACCACCCCAUAUUGGCACCCCAGCAUGCCAGAACAGCCCAGCCUGCACCCGCUGGCUGCGGCGAAGUGGGGAAACCCUACCAUUCACAAGGAACUUCCACCUCUGCGGGAGACCUGGCACGGACGAGCCUCUGCAGGACCCCUUUCUUUCAACACUGUGCCAGAAAAGGGAGAAACCAGCAUCAUUAAAGAGCACCCACCUCGAAGACCUCAAAAGCUUGAACCUGCCUGCCCUCUGCAAGCAAUUGCUCCUGUGAAGCCCUGGAGUCAGCAAGAAGUGGCUGCAAGCCCAAAGCCAAAGGCUCUGGAGAAGAAGGGGCAAAGCCUGAGACACCUCCCUGGUAGGCGGCAGCACUUGCACAAGCUGCAGAUGCUGGACUUGACCCGCAGGCGCCAAGAGGCAGAGCUGAAGCGAAAUCUCCACAGGGAGACAAACAUCAAUGAACAAAACAUGAAGGAAUUCAGCCAGAAGAAAGUCCUUGACAGUCUCCAGAGAGGCAAAAGCACCGAAAGCCGAGACCUCGUCCCUGCUGAGCACAAUCAGUGUUUUCAUGGAGAUGACCAUGGAAACAUGUGGGAUGGAGGAAUCUCCAGGUGGCAUGAUGAGGGAUGGAGGAUGAGGGAGCUGCAGAUGAAGGAUCUUUUCUGGGACACCUCCAGCACAGGGUCUGAGGAGUGGGAAAAGGAAGAGAAGAUUUACCACAAACCUAUGCUUGUGAGAACCAAGACAGAGAGAGUUUCUGUCUUUGAUGACUUCUUUGAUAGGGAUUUGUAGUGGCAUGGCUUGGGGUGAGAGGGACAUGCUGAAGAACUCUGGUGGUGCUGAAAACCCCCAGAUGGAUGGAGUGAGAAUGGAGACACAAUGUUCUCAGUGAGCAGCAUUUCUGGUAGUUCAGGCCAGUGGAAAGGGCAACUGGAAAUGAGGAGAUCACAAAUAUGAAGUAAAUAACAACUGUCUGGGUUAUGUAUCUGAAUCAAAAUAUCUGGGGGAAAAAUGGCUUGGACUGAGCAACAAUGAAGUGGGGCUAGAGGGAGAAGGAGGCUGGCAAAAACCUAAGCAGAAGCUGGAAGAAAUUCCCAAAUAUUGUUCCAACUGAAAUGAAAUGUUUUGCUUGCCUUUGGGUUACUCAGCCAUUCUAUUUAACUUUUUUUUUUUAACCUUAUAUCCUUUUCUAAACCACAAAAGCUGAGUUCAAAUUGUAAGGUAAAAUGACCGAUUUAGGAGGUCUCUAAAAUAAAUAUUCUGCAUUUCUAAAA